AUGGGUGACACUUCCUGCAGCAGCAUAGAAGCACAGAACAUGAACAGUGAGAGGAACCGAGGCGGGUGGAGAAGUUCUCCCUUCAUCAUUGGAUCAAUGGCGGGUAUGUCACUCGCCAGUGCAGGAAUAAUUGGAAACUUGAUUGUGUACAUGAUACGUGAGUUUCAUGUGAAGAGCAUCAGUGCUGCUCAGGUUGGAAACGUGGCAAAUGGAAGCACCAGUUUGUUUCCCAUUGUUGCUGCAAUCAUGGCUGAUUCUUUCUUUGGAUCUUUCUCUGUUGCCUUGUUUUCUUCCUUUGUUGCUUUCUUGGGCACAAUUAUUUUAGUGUUGACAACUAUUAUCGAUUCAUUGAAGCCUAAGCCCUGUAACAAUGGAUCAAAGCUAUGCAACCCCCCUUCAAAUUUCCAAUAUGCGAUCUUGUACGGAGGCAUAGCUCUAUGUGCAAUUGGAUUUGGGGGUGCACGCUUCACAACGGCAACAUUAGGAGCAAAUCAAUUUAACGAGGCAAAGCAUCAAGACAUAUUCUUUAACUGGUUCUUCUUGACUUGGUACACUGUUUCUGUUGUAUCCUUUACUGGGAUUUUUUACAUCCAAGAUAACGUGAGUUGGGCUUGGGGUUUUGGCAUUUGUAGUGUUGCCAACUUGAUUGGCCUAGUCAUUUUCUUACUUGGUUAUCGAGUUUAUCGUCUUGAAAACCCACAAGGAAGCGCUUUCUUGAAUCUUGCACGUGUUCUUGUUGCAUCUAUUCGGAAAUGGAAAUCUCAGCUGUCUUCCACAACAAAGGAUUAUUAUAGUGCCCACGAUGAAACAGUUCCAGUGCAACCUGCUACAAUUCCUGGACAAAGAUUAAGAUUCUUCAACCGUGCAGCUCUAAUAACUGAUGGAGACCUUCAAUUAGAUGGUUCAAUUGGGAAACCAUGGAGACUAAGCACAGUUCAGCAAGUGGAAGAUUUCAAAGCUGUUAUUGGAAUCUUGCCACUUUGGAGUUCAAGCAUAUUCCUAUCCGUUCCAAUAGGAAUCCAAGGCAGCAUGACAGUCCUUCAAGCUCUAGUCAUGAAUCGUCACAUAGGACAUUUUCAAUUCCCAGCUGGCUCCAUUACUGUUGUACCCUUAAUUUCCACAUCCAUUUUCCUCACCUUUCUUGAUAGGGUACUUUGGCCUGCAUGGCACAAGUUGAAUGGUAAAUCGCCAACCACUCUCCAACGAAUUGGAGUAGGCCAUGUGUUCAAUGUGCUUGGAAUAGCUGUCUCAGCUCUUGUUGAAUCAAAGAGGCUCAAGAUGGUUCAUUCCAAUCCCUCUGUAACUAUGUCUGUCCUCUGGUUGUUUCCACCACUGGUGUUAGUUGGCUUGGGAGAAUCAUUUCAUUUUCCAGCACAAGUUGCUUUCUACUACCAGCAACUUCCUCGGUCACUUGGAAGCACAUCAACUGCUAUGAUUUCCAUGCUUAUAGGGAUAUCCUUUUAUCUAAGCACUGCUUUCAUUGAUCAAGUGCAUAAGAGUACUAAUUGGUUACCAGAUGACAUAAAUGAAGGGAGACUUGAUCAUUUCUACUGGAUGCUAGUCGUGAUAGGGGCCAUCAACUUUGUAUAUUACUUGGUGUGUUCAACUUUGUACAAGCAUACAAAAAUGUAA